UGAAAUCACAAUAUCAGUAGGCCUGUUUGUAAAGUCAGCAAAAGAUUUCACGAGAAACCCUGGGCAUCACGAGUUCCAGGAAAAGCUGUAUUUAGUACCCAGACCUCUGAAGUUUUGCAAGCAGCUGCUUUCUGAGCAGUCACCGCUUACAUCGAACGUAAAAUGUGGAAAAAACUUUUCAAGCCUGGCGGCAGCGACUUUGAAACUACACUGACAACGCUAACAAAAGAAACAGGUGCUCCUAGAGACCUUGCUGAGAAAGUUCUUCGUGAGUGUAAUGGAGAUCUAGCGCUAGCAAGACAAAAACUUCAGCGACAAAACUCUUCAAUGGCCGCUGCGAAAGAAGACAAAGUUCCAACUUCCUCUACAGCGUACGCUGAUGCUCCGCCACCUUAUUCCGAAGCUGUAGAAGGAGCUAUGGCUUUACCCGCGCCACUUCCCCCUCCGUAUAUUAGCCAAGAGAAAGACACUCUUUUGGGUGAAUUGGAGGCCGUCUUUCCAGACCAUGCAGACGAGAGAUGUUGUGCCUGUUUUGAUCCAAUUCGCCCUGACAAGAGCGAAGGAUUUAGCGGAGAGAUGAUUUGGCAAGGUCUAAAGGCUUAUCAUUCAGAAUGCUAUAUGAAAAGCAAGGGACCAAAAUGUGAACAUUGUUGUUUUGCCCUGAUUGCAUUUCCUGAAAAAGGCUUGUCUGGAAAGUGGGGUGUUUAUAAUGGCUGCAAGUAUCAUGAGGAAUGCUACAUUCAAUAUGCAGGACCACGUUGUAGUGCUUGCUUUGAUGUCAUUCGUGUUGAUCCUGAAAAUGGGUUUUCAGGCAAGUGGAUUAAUGACAACAAUAAACAGUUUCAUGAAGAAUGCUACAAGAAGAAAAUGUUUGUUGAAAUGAGGGCCAAACAUUCCUAGCUGGCGAACUUACAUUGUACAAAGAAACGUGUGAUUACUUACAGCACACUAGACAUUUCCUGGACUUUUUCCAUUGUGUACAUGUGAGAAGGGUUUUAAAGUUACCGGCCUGCAAUUUCACCAUUGAAAAUUCUCAUUUUUAAGACUGGUAGUGGUGUUCUUCACAUUUAUACAGUUCUUGUGCUGAAGGAGACCUGUUAUUAGUAAGAUAAAUGUGGAAGUCACUACGAUAAUUUUUGUUGUCAGAUAUUUACUGGCUAAUAUCUCCUGGAUAGUGGUGUACAUAAGGUAGACAGUUAAAAGCAUUAUCUGGUAAGUUAUGUUAAGAUCAUUCUUGUUCUUCGUGUAAAGUAAAUUUGCGAACAAAAUUUCAUUGUAUGGACACAUCUAGAAUUGUGGGCACCUAAAAAAAUUGCUAGAGUCUUUUUAUGGUUAUGGUAGUUUAUUUCUGAGGAGUCAAAUAUGUGCUUUAUAAUUUAAUUACAAGGCAUUUUAAUACUGAAUCCAAGUGCCUUGUUAUACAAGUACUGAAGGCUGAAAGUGAAAGCUUCUCGCACUUCCUGAUUGUUAUGAACAUUUCCAGUUGACUAUAAUGUCAAACAGUGCUCAUAACCCUUUCACUGCUCAGAGUGAUUUAUAAGUAAUUGCUGUCUACAGCAUCUGUACAUUGUCUGGAAGGCAGGUGAUGAAAAAAAUGAAAAAGAACAUUAGCUAGGGAUCAGCAUAAGCAUUUUACAAGAAAUGUAUGGUAGACAGUUAGGAUGGUUAAUAAUGAGAUAUUAAUUGGUAGUAACAUUGUUGAAUCAAAAUGUAUCUUAUGAUUUUACUAACCCUUGCAUGCAGUGCAUGUACAAUUUUUUUCCAUGCAAGAUUGUAACAUUUUUCAAUUGCUCUAUGAGGAUAAAAUGAACUUUUUCUGACUUGAACUGUGACACAUAAAAUUUUUAAAAUUUUUAUUUAGAAAUUCCUCUGUAUUUUAAGAUCAUUUUUGAUUCUAUUUCUGGCCUAUCAAAUGAAUACCGUAUGUUCUAUGAGGUAACAGUGAUUUUACCUAAUUCAUGAAAUAGUUUGUAUGCUAUUAGAUACAGUAACUAUAAUUUGAGAACCACAUUUUUUUUGACACAGUUAUGUUUAGGGGGAACAGUCAGAUAUUGUUUCAAUUGAUAUCACUCUUACAUGCCUUUUUUUAGGAAGGUAUCAUAAUUCUCUCAACAGAGGGCAGGAGACAAUUAAAUAUGUUGUGCAUGAGCAGACCAUUAUUUGUAGGGAGUUGCUAGUAAGUCAUGUUGUCAGUCAUUAAAAAAGAAGGAAAAGGACAUCAAGUGGUAAUGAUACUAAGGUCAGUUUUUAAAUAUGGAUGUAAACGAAAAUCAUAUGUACAUCAUUCUGUAUAGGUUAUAAACAUGAAUACAAAGAUGUCUCUGUAUCAGACACAAGUAAAAAGGACAAGCUAUAAUAGACUGUGGUUUUAAAUUU